CCAUAACACACACUUCUGCAAAACAUAAGUUAAUCACCUCUUUCUCUCUCACUCUCUCUUUCAAUCUCGAUCGUUUUUUGGUGGCCAUGUCGAGGCUCAUGGAACCGCUGACGGUGGGGAGAGUGGUGGGAGAGGUGGUGGACUAUUUCAGCCCGAGUGUGAGAAUGAGUGUAACGUACAACUCCAACAAGCAGGUUUCCAAUGGCCACGAGCUCAUGCCUUCUGACAUUACUGCUAGGCCUCGUGUUGAAAUUGGUGGUGAAGACAUGAGGACUGCUUACACACUGGUUAUGACAGACCCAGAUGUUCCAGGCCCCAGUGAUCCAUAUCUAAGGGAACAUCUCCACUGGAUUGUGACAGAUAUUCCUGGUACCACUGAUGUUUCCUUUGGAAGAGAAAUUGUGAGCUAUGAGAUUCCAAAGCCAGUAAUCGGUAUCCACCGAUACGUAUUCAUCUUGUUCAAGCAGCAUAGAGGAAGGCAAUCGGUGUGGGCACCGACUUCUCGAGACCAUUUCAACACGAGGAGCUUCUCGGAAGACAAUGGCCUGGGACUUCCAGUUGCUGCUGUUUAUUUCAAUGCACAGAGAGAAACUGCUGCAAGAAGGAGAUGAGAGAGAGAGAGAGAGAGAUGAAGAGAGAGAAUUGGAAUUCAACAUCGUCCAUGCAUUGGGUGUCAAAGAAUUGAACUAUAUAUAGUGUAUUACUUUUGCUCUGUUUUCCAGUUGGCUUUAUUAUGUGUGUUGUUUUUCCAUGGCUUUUGUGGAUUUUAUGGGUCCCACUUGAAUUUGGUUUUAUUUUAUUUUUAAAGGUUUUUAGUAGACUGGGACCCUUUCUGUACUUGGGUACGUACGGUAGGGGUCGUUGCAAUGGAUCCUUUGUUUUUUGGUUUUGGUUUUUUGAAUCUGGAGUCCUAUAGUAUUGGUGGAGAUGUAUUGCUUCGAUGAUUAAAUAAAAUGUCCUUGAUUCUUAAA